AUGGCAAAGGAUUUUGUCACAAUCCAAAUGUUGUUCGUUCUCACGGCACUGUCCUUCUUCCUGCUAACAGCCGGCGUUGGAUCGGCGUUCUUCUCCAAGGACAUUCGCGACACCACUGAACUUGCCAACACAGACAAUCAACCGAGUCGAUUUCGAGAACUACUUGAAAGAUCGGAAAAUACCCUGCUGACACGAAAUUUGGAUGCAACUGCGGGUACAAUUUGA